AUGAGUUCUGUUUUCACUGCUGGUGUUAGAACCAAUGAGCAGGUUGAAUGUGAAAACCGGGUAACAAAAAGCCUUGGGGGUCCAAAAACAAGUCUCUUCACGCUCUUCAACACCCUGAAUGAAAGAUCUGAAGGGCAAACAAUACAGGAAUUGGAACGUAUAUUGCGAGAACAUGCUGGUCCGUUCGCACUCAACACAUGUUUCCGAGAGAUGGAAUUAAGUCUUACCUAUUCAACGGAGGUUCUUCAACGCCCCGACAGAAUUAAUGACUGGAAUAUGAUGAAUCCAUUCACAAAUGAUGCUGCUUAUAUUUCGACAAAAUGGCUUCUUCGUCUCAUUCUCCAAUGUGGCCUCCGAGUGCGACACCUCCUUUGUGUCAAGCAGAUGGGCACCAACACAAAACACUAUCUUGCCGUGUUACCCAAUGGGUGUUAUGUGUGUGAUUGUUGUAUGGGGCUCAACUUAGGCCUGCCUUGCUGGCACUUCUUCCAGGUCAUGUUGAAAAUGGACUCUCUGCAAUUCCACAUUGGUCUUGUCUGA